CUCCCGAAACACUCUCCUUACCUUCCAACUUUUGAUUGUUUGUGACACAUCAGUCAAGGUUUUUAUAUUUCAUUUUUAUAUACAUUUGUAUAUUUAACUUGAAUAUUUUCAGAAUGUCAACUGUUGUUUAAAUGUCUAAACGUAAACGAGACCGGAUAGGGUAUUUCCAGGCCAGGAGGGAGGUGUUAAGGGAAGCAGUUAAUCCAGUUCCUAUCAUCGUUCCUGAACCAGUUCAUAACGUUGUUCCUGAUCCAGUUCCUAUCAUCGUUCCUAUACUCUAUCCAGUUCCUGAUCAAGUUCCUAUACUCUAUCCAGUGCCCGGUCAAGUUCCUCUUUAUACCGAUGUUCCUGAUGAUGAUGAUGACGAUGUGGAUUAUGACUAUCCAUCUUCAGAUGAGGAUGAAGAGGAAGAUAUAUCUCAUGAUUCAAUUAUAAGGGAUUGGGCGAUAAACAACCCAGCAGUUACUCAUUCAAUGAUCAAUGAUCUAAUUAGACGAUUUGCCACUGCAGGUUUUAUGGAGAAAAAGGAUGCAAGGACAUUACUGAAAACUCCGAGAAACCUAAGAACAGUAGAAAUGAGUGGGGUUCAGUCUUAUACCUACAAUGUCAAGGAUCAAAUCUUGUCCUUGUUAAAAAGGUAUCCACCAGAGCUCAGCGAGAAAUUAGACAAACUACAUCUCCAGCUAAACAUAGAUGGUCUUCCAUUGUUUAAAUCUUCGGGUGCUAGCUUCUGGCCACUUUUAUGCUCCAUUUCAAACAUAAGGCCCAAUGUUGUUGUUCCCCUGCUGCUGUCUUACGGCCCAGGAUCAAAGCCUAGCGAUACAGAUUUCCUGAUAGAGGUUAUAGAUCAGCUUGCAGUUCUGGAGGCUGAUGGAUUUGAGUUCAAUGGGAAGACUUUGAGGGUUUCAAUCAGUAUGGUUGCAGACAUCCCUGCAUUUGCCUUUAUCAAGUCAACUAUAUCUCAUUCCGGAAAGUAUUAUUGUGGCAGAUGCACCGCAGAAGGACAUAAACCCCCUGGUGGAGGAAUAUUCUUUCCAAACUCGGAAAUAGGAGAAAAAAGAACAGAUCAGUCAUUCAGGGGCAAACACCAGAUUGAGCACCACAAACCCCCAGGGGUUGUUUCCCCGAUGACAAGGUUGCACACUAUGGACCAAGUGAGAGACUACGCAUUGGACUACAUGCACUGUUGUUGCCUAGGGUGCAUGAAGACACUGUUAAAGCUGUGGCUUGGGAAGGGGCCUGCUUACCUUAGAUUGUCCGCACAAGAUAUUCAUGAGAUAUCGCUGGCGAUGAUAGGAAUGAGAACGCAUUGGCCUUUUGAUUUUGCCAGGAAACCAAGAGGUUUCAAGGAUAUUCGUUCUUCAAGGCUACAGAGUUCAGGAAUAUGUUGUUCUAUAUUGGGAAACUUGUUUUAAAGGGAACGCUUCAUGCGGAUGCCUACUCUCAUUUUAUCUACUUAUCAGUUGCGCUCACUAUCUUGAUUAGUCCAAGGUAUUUAACAUUAUCUAUUCA